AUGGGUAAUGUAGGCAUUGAAGCUACGAGAUUUUUAGUUGGAGCUAUAGAUUUUGGGACGACCUAUUCCGGCUGGGCCUUUUCAUUUAAGCACGAGUAUGAGGCGGACCCAACAAAAGCAACAGUUAAACAUUGGCUGUCCAAAUCAGGAAAUCUUGUGACGAACAAAACGCCUACCUGUCUUUUGAUAAAACCAGAUGGAAAAACAUUUCAAGCGUUUGGGUAUGAUGCCGAAAAUGAAUUCAGAGAUUUGGUUGAUAAGAACCAGCAUGGAAAUUACUACUUCUUUAAAAGAUUCAAAAUGAAACUCUUCAAAAAACUUGGGAAGGACUUGAAAAGAGACAUUACAUUAGAAGACGAAUUUGGCAAAUCCCUUCUAGCAACUGAUAUUUUUGCGAUGUCUGUCAAGUUUUUGGCAGAUGACAUGCUGGCAAAUGCUGGAAAAGGAAUAGAUGGCAUACUUAAAUCAUCUGAAAUCCACUGGGUUCUGACAGUUCCGGCAAUAUGGUCAGAUGCUGCUAAACAGUUGAUGAGAGAAGCCGCAGGAAAGGCUGGAAUCUGUAAAGAAAGGCUGACAAUAGCACUGGAACCAGAAGCGGCCUCGUUAUAUUGCCGACAUUUGUCUGUCCAUAAAAAUGUUGGUUCAAGUGAAUUUUCCAUAUCUAAAUUACCAGAUGGCAGCACAUACAUUGUCGUUGAUGCUGGAGGAGGUACGAUAGACGUUACGGUGCACGAGACUGGUAGUGCACAUACAUUAAGAGAGGUCAGAGCUGCCAGUGGUGGUGAUUGGGGAGGUACUAUGGUAGACAAGGCUUUUGAGAAUUUACUGAUUACUGUUGUAGGCAAAGAAGUGUACGACAAAUUUAAGGUUGAGGAAACGGAAGACUGGCUUGAUAUGCUAAGAGAGUUUGAAUGCAAGAAAAGAGAAACAAUGGUUGAUAGUAACAGUAGAAUAGGGAUGAGAUUUCCAGUAUCUCUUGCUGAUCUACUUGCAGAAACACAGUGUAGCAUACACGAAAACAUUACGUCAUCGAAAUAUGUAGGAAUGAUUGAACAGAGAAGAGAUAGAAUAAAGUUUUCCAAUGAGGUUUUUAUUAACCUUUUUGAAGAUUCGUUGAAGAAAACAACUAGUCACAUUAAAUCUCUGAUGUCAGAAGGUAUGAUGAAAGAAGUUAAAGUCUUGCUCAUGGUUGGUGGUUAUUCUGAGUCACCAUUAUUACAACAUGCAAUUAAAGAAGCAUUGCCUGAAAUUCAAGUGGUCAUACCGUAUGAUGCUUCAUCAGUAGUUCUAAGAGGAGCGCUGAUUUUUGGUCACAAUCCGUUAUCAGUUACCGAGAGAAUUCUCAAAUAUACUUACGGCACGACCUAUACACCUUUAUUUGUGGAGGGGAAACACCCAGAGAGUAAGCGUUUUACAUCUGACGACGGAGAUAGAUGUCUAGAUGUCUUUAGCAAAUUUAUAGAAUUAGGACAAACGGUAAAACCGGGUGAAACGCAAAUAACAAAAAGUUAUUUUACACUAAAGAAAGAUCAGUUGGCUUUGCUUUUCGAAAUUUAUGCUACGGAAAAGAGUGAUCCGCUUUUCUCAGACGAAGAAGGAUGCGUUGAGAUAGGGAAAUUGAGGAUAGAGCUUGACAAGGAAUGCGAUGAACCUGAACGUGCAGUGAAACUAUCGAUGCUCUUCGGCGGGACAGAAAUAAUCGUGGAGGUGGAAGAUGAAGUAACUGGGAAUAAAAACAUAACUACGCUGGAUUUCCUUGGUUAAAGGCUAAUAUGAAGUGUUUAACUAAGAUAAAAUAUUACCAUUUUAAUUAGGUUUGAAAUACACUGGUUUUAAUUUAGAAUACACGUUCAAUAUGCAAGCGAAUGAUUCGCGGAUUUGUAUUUUCCAUCAUUUGUAUGAAAUAAAUUGGUUAUACAGCUUUUGGCAGGAGCAGCUUUCUGACACAAACGAAACCUACUUAAACCAUGA